CAGAAGGCUUCAAUAAAAGCAAAAAAAAUGGCGAGAACGCCAACUGGUGAGCGGACCGACUUCCCGCUGCCGGCCCUCCCUGGCCCGGAGCAGCACCAAAAAGCUCAGGGCAGGACAGCGCUGCGCGAUCUAGGACGAGAGAUCACGCAGCUAGUGGAGAUGCUCGAGGAUGGCAAGAGGCGAUCCAUACACCAACCCAUGCGGGACUCAAUCGAGAGCAUAAGGGAGCCUAAGAGGAAACAGGCUGCAGGUGCACCAACACCCCGGACAAAGAGGACCAAGGCAGCGGUCGAGGUCCAGACCACAGGAGUAGCAGUUGAAAAGGACGCCCACGCUGAAAGGGAGAGAAAGGAGCCGGAGGAGACCCCAUUUCUGACGGUGACCAACCGGCGCAGAAGGAAGAGGCCGCAAAAGCCGACUGGAGCGCUCGCGGACAAGACGCGACCAGACGCCAUCGUCAUUGCCACCAAAGGUGAAAAGACCUAUGCAGAGAUACUGCGCAAGGUUAGGACGGACGAAACCCUGCGUGGACUCGGUGAUGCGGUCGCCAGGAUCAGGAGGACCCAAAAAGGAGAGCUACUGCUACAGCUCAACAAGUCGGGAGAGGAGACGGAGACGUUUAAAAGCCUGGUAGCCAAUACGCUGAAGGAGCACGCUGAAGUCCGUAGCCUGUCGCACCGGGUGACCGUAGAGUGCAAGGACCUGGACGAAAUAACCACCACGGAGGAUAUAUGCGAAGCUCUGAGAAGCCAGGUGGAAUUGGCGGAGCUGUCUGCGGAUGACAUCCAGCUGAGAAAGGCAUACGGCGGAGCCCAGACGGCCACAAUUAGGCUGCCAGCGGAGAGCGCUCAAAAGGCUCUGAAAAUAGGAGUCCUAAAAGUAGGCUGGGUAAGAUGCAGACUGCGUGAGUGAAUCAGUGUCGCCAAAUGCUUCAGAUGUCUCGAGUUUGGGCAUAUGGCACGACAGUGCAGUAGCAAAGUAGAUAGGUCCAAGCUGUGUAGAAGAUGUGGAAAGGAGAACCACCUGGCAAAGGACUGUAGCCUGGAACCACAGUGCAUGCUCUGCAAGGGAACGAGCGCAGACUGGAAGCACGUGGCCGGCAGCGGUAGAUGCCCCCUGGUUAGGAACGCCCUGACUAAAAGAUCAGCAUGAGGUGUACUCAGCUGAACUUAAACCAUUGCGAGCUGCUCAGUCUCUCCUGAGACAAGCAGUCAGGGAGAGGAAGACCGAAGUCGUGCUCAUCUGCGAGCCAUUCAGGCCGAUACCAGGAAGCGGUUGGACCAGCAGCAGUUGCGGCAAGGCGGCCAUCUGGGCCGUACAAAUCCACCCCCAGGAGAUAUGCGCAGCCACCGAAGGAUUUGUUAGA